AUGGUGAAAUUCUACGACAGCUCCUACAGCUACGACUACGCCUUCCCCGCCGUCACCCUCGCCUACUUCCUCCGCUACCCCAACCCGUACUCGACCCACGUGCUCAGCACCGAUGUCAUCGACCGCCGCUUCGACCCAGCCACGCAGCAACUGCACACGGUGCGCCUGCACCUAAAGCGGUCGAAGCUGCCUCCCGCACUGCUGAAACUGCUGCCGCGCGGGCUGCUAGGCGCCUCGUCAUCGGGCGACAGCCAGAGCUACAUCCUGGAGCGCAGCACCGUCGACGUGCGCGAAGGCUGGAUGGACACCGAGAGCCGCAACCUCGAGUUCACGGGCGUGCUGUCGGUCGUCGAGCGCCAGGUCUUCCGCCGCCCCGUCGACAUCUUCCGCUCCCACAACGUGCACAAGUCGGCCGCGGCGCAUGGGCUGCUCGAGCCGGGCCAGACGACCGACGUCACGACCACGGUGACGCUGCACUCGAAGCUGGGCGAGAGCAUCCGCAAGCGCCGCGAGGCGAAAGCCAUUGCCUCGGCCGAGCAGCAGCAGCAGCAGCAGCAGCAGCCGGAGAAGCAGCCUGGCUUCUUCAAGGCCUGGUCCACGGCUUCGAUUCAGCGCUCCAUUGAGAUUAUCGGCUUGCGUCGCGCCGAGAAGAGCCAGCCUAAUGCCAAGGAGGGUAUGAAGAUUGUGCUGCAGCGGAUGCGGCAGGGCGGGCUUGUUGCCGUGCUCGAGGGCAUGCGCCAGGAUCGCGAGAGGAUCCUCAUGGGUGGAGGA